UCUGUCCGGGUAAUCAAGAACGACACAGUCAACUUUCAGAAGUUCUCCUACACCAAUGAGGACGAGGCCUGGAAGACCUAUCUGGAAAACCCUCUGACUGCCGCCACCAAGGCCAUGAUGAGGGUCAAUGGGGACGAAGACAGUGUCGCGGCACUGAGCUUUCUCUACGACUACUACAUGGGCCCAAAAGAGAAAAGGAUCCUCUCUUCAAGCACAGUUACACGAAGUGACCUAGGAAAGAGGUACCACCAUGGAAUGGAAUAUGAAGUAGACUUUCCCCCUCUGGAGAGCCCCACUCAUCUCAUGAAGUUCUUGACCGAAAACAUCUCAGGAACACAAGAGUACCCAGACCUAACCAAGAAGAACAAUCUAAUGAACUUGGAGGGGACAGGACCAGCCUCAACCAAACCAGCUCUCCUCCCUCCUGGCCCCAGCAAGCUGGAGGACAGCUCUGGAGAUGCUACCUAUCUGCUUCCUACUGGAGACAUAUAUGAUAGCAGUCUCAGUAACCUGUUUGAAACUAUCCACGGGCCCCCUCCCCAGCAGCGCUGGCAGCCUGACAGCACUUUUAAGGAUGAUGGACAGGAGUCAUUGCUCUUCCCUGACAUAUUGAAAAGUCCCUCGGAGCCCCAGUGUCCAGAGGAGUACCCCAGCACCAAGAGUGACUUUGAAUACACCUUGGGUUCCCCCAAAGCCAUCCACAUCAAAUCUGGGGAGUCACCUAUGGCCUAUCUCAACAAGGGACAAUUCUACCCAGUUACUCUGAGGACUCCAGGAGGAGGCAGAUGCCUACACUUGUCUUCCAACAAGGUGAAGAGCAUGAUCAUGGUGGUGUUUGACAACGAGAAGAUCCCCAUGGAACAGCUGAGGUUCUGGAAGCAUUGGCACUCGCGCCAGCCCACAGCAAAGCAACGGGUCAUUGAUGUAGCGGAUUGCAAAGAAAACUUCAAUACUGUCCAACAUAUUGAGGAAGUGGCUUAUAAUGCCCUGUCUUUUGUGUGGAAUGUGAAUGAAGAAGCCAAGGUGUUCAUUGGAGUCAACUGCUUGAGCACGGACUUCUCCACCCAGAAGGGGGUAAAAGGCGUUCCACUAAAUCUCCAGAUAGACACCUAUGACUGUGGUACAGGGACAGACCGACUGGUGCACCGAGCUGUCUGCCAGAUCAAGAUAUUCUGUGAUAAGGGCGCAGAGAGGAAAAUGCGAGAUGAUGAACGCAAACAAUUUCGGAGGAAAGCCAAGUGCCCAGACUCCAGCAACAAUGGGCUUAAGGGCUGCCUACUGUCCAGUUUCCGAGGCAAUGAGACCACCUACCUCCGACCAGAGUCUGACCUAGAGAGCCAGCCUGUUCUCUUCAUCCCCAACAUCCACUUCUCCAACUUGCAAAGGAAUGGCGUGACUGGUUCUCCUACCAUCCACAACAGCACAAGCAGGCUGCCUUUUAAACGAACCUGUUCACCCUUCUCUGAUGACUUUGACCUUCUGCCUCCCAAGCAAGCCAAGGAAGAUGAUCUCCAGAGAGUCUUGUUAUAUGUCCGGAGGGAGACAGAGGAAGUGUUUGAUGCUCUCAUGCUGAAGACCCCAGACCUCAAAGGGUUAAGGAAUGCGAUCUCGGAGAAGUAUGGUUUUCCUGAAGAAAGUAUUUACAAAGUCUAUAAAAAAUGCAAGCGAGGGAUCUUGGUGAACAUGGACAACAACAUCAUCCAGCACUACAGUAACCACGUGGCCUUCCUGCUCGACAUGGGAGAACUCGAUGGCAAAAUUCAGAUCAUCCUCAAGGAGCUAUAGGGCCCCAGCGUUCCGCUGCCCUUGGACCUAUGGGCCUACAUUUGACUCGCAGAGCCAGAACGUAGCCCUAAAAGCCUGACACAACCUUUUUCUAUGCCUCAGUGUUCUCCCUUACUUGAAUGCACUCAACUGGGAGAGAAGAUGCUCAGUCUUCAGAAGCAGCCUUUGCAGCUCCCAAGAGAAGGCUUUGCCCCUUUGGGGAGCCGCUCUGUCUUUGAUUCCAGAGACAGCUGCCAUCCCAGCCUUCAGACUAUUCCCUACUCCAUUCUUGAGAACAGAUCCUUCUUGCUUCUUGCACUGGGGGCUGCCCUGUUGUGCUCAACGGUCAGACAUUUUGAUUGGGAUAUUGGUGGUCUUGCCUUCCAAGGCCGCUCUUCUGGCAUCUCCCAUUUCCAGACAGAAGAAACAGGGAGGCAGAUGGGGAAAUUUCAUUCAUGCAAGAAAAAGACAUUUGAAGCCAGACCAGCCACAUGAGGCCAUAUAUUCCCCACUCAUUUCCCUAAUCAAAGUAUAACUGGUUUUGCUCUUUAAAGAGGCUAUAACGGAAUUCCCGAGUUAUUAUUUGCUAUUGUGUCAUUCUCUGAUGCCUUGGUCACUCAUUAUCUGGUCAUCUUGCUACUUUGCUACUCUCUGAUACCCCGUUCUAAACUGAGGCCAUGCUGCUGUUUGAUAUUGUUGCAAUUCAUCUCUCUUACAAUCUGACACCUUCUUGUUAUUGUCAUUGUUCAGGUCUGUUACUAGAGAGGUUAUUUGAGGUUAUGUUACUACCAGACACCAAGUUCAGUCGUGCAUUUGUGUAUUUUAUAGGUUCGCAUUCCACUGCAUGAUGUUAUCCAGUCAUUACUAGAGCCAGCUUUACAAUCCAUUUGAGGUCAUACUCCUUCCUUGGUACCAUGUUGCUAUAUAGCAUGAUAUCAGUACUGGAAGUCAAGUUGCCAUUGUUUCAUAAGUUGCUAUUUGAUUCUAGUUUACUAGUUGAUGCUGCAUUGUUUGAAACUAUGCUACUACUCAUAGUGACAUACAAUGUCAUUUCUUGCUACUGUGUCACUCUGAUGCUAGGAUCAUUAAUUAUCUGGUUAAUCUUGUUACUUUGCUGUUUUGUUACUCCAUGAUACCACAUUUUUAACUGAGAACAUGCUGCUGUUUGAUAUUGUUGCAAUUCAUCAUUGUUACAAUAUGAUACCUUGUUGCUAAUGUUAUUGUUUGGGUUAUUACUAGAGAUAUAAAGUCUGUUUUACAGUCACCAAGUUUAAUUAUGAUGCAUUUGUCUUCUUAGUAGGUUCUCAUUCCAUUGUGUCUCGUUUACCCGGUUACCACUGGAGAUAUCAUUACAACUUAUUCCUUCUGUUUGAGAUCAUAUUUUUCCCUCGAGACAUUGAUACAAUGGUGUUACCAGUGAAUAUCAAGUUAGUGUUGCUUGAUAACUUUUGAUUGUUGUUUUGAUAAGAGGCUACCAGUUGAUCUAUACUGAUAAUAUUUGAUGCAAGGGUACUACUACUUGAUACCACAUUGUUUGAAACUAUGUUACUGGUCACGUAACAUAAAACGUCAUUUGCUGCCAUAUUUUAUUGGAUACUGUUGUUGUAUACCAAUGUUAAUGUUAAUAUGUGAUACAUUUCCUGAGUAUACUUUUGUCUGUUUUAUAUAUAUAUAUAAAAUAUAAAUAUGUAUUGUAUAUAUAUAUGCAACAUUUUAUAUUUUUCAUGGGGACAUUUUUAUCAUUUCAAACAAUGUGUUAUUUCACAUUUCUUGGAUUUUUUUAAAUGUUUUGUUUUGUAUUAGUAUGUCAUUUAUUAAUAAAGGA